UCCUGGCCAGAAACGACCCGAGUACCAAGUGGCUGCGACGCGCGCUUCAAAGAAAGCUGGAAAAACGCCAGCAGCUACAAGCAAGCUACAAGAGUUUUUCCUAAGCCUAGGAAAACUAGUGAAAAAGGAACGGGACACUAUGAAAGUCAGCGGCGCUUAGCAAUGAUAGAAUGACGCGCGACGGCGAAAUUCCAGCCAUCUUUAAUCCGAAACGCGUGCGCACACCUUCCGUGGUGGUCACCGGCGACUCCCCGUCGAAUGGACUGUACAAUAAUAAUAACAGCGGCGGCGUGGUAGGCGGUGCCAGCAGCAGUAGCAUAAACGCUGUCGCUGGCUGUGGCUUCAGCAAUGUGCUCAACUCCAGCAAUCCGCAAAUAACCCACCAAGAUUCAAUAACAUCGAGCCAGCAGGAUCCCAAUGAGGUCAUUACCAUACAGGCGGACACGCCCACUGGCACGCACGGGACACAGCAUCAUUUUGGCGGCGACUCAAGCGAAGCACAGACUGGUCAAUUGGCCAUAGAUCAGCAGCCAAAUGGCCAGGCAGGCGAGGAUGCGGAGGUGCGUUUUCGCAAGCUCAAGGCCUGCAAAGAGUCCUGCUGCUCCGAGCUGGCCAAGAAGAUGUACUUUGGCGUGUGCGUUACCAUUCUAGUGACUGCCUCAUGGGUGGGCGCCACGCACUGCAUCAAGUACAUGUAUCUGUAUCGCGCACCCUAUGAAGACGAGCUGGAAGAUGAUCUGGAUACGUCGUCGAGCCGCGCCGAGCUCAGCAGCGAACUGGAGGAUAUACUGGCCAUAAGCGACUCGUCGCUGCAUCAUGUCGAGGACGCCACCGAGAUGUUCAACAUACCACCGCGCCAGCCCAUCUACUUUAAUGCGCCGUUCUUUGCGGCCUGGUUCUUUACCAACUUUUCGCUGCUCUUCUUUCCCAUCUAUAUACUGGGCCUCAUCUCGGCCCGCAAGUGCGAUAAGCUGAGCGAGAUACUCGCCGAAGUGCUGCGUGGAUUUCGCGAGCGUGGCUUCACCAUUGGCCGUUUCCUCAAUCGCUGCCUGUCCUUCUGCAUCCUGUGGCUGGUAACAACAUAUCUGUACACGCUGUCGCUGCACGUGCUCUUUGCCACGGAUGCACUGGCACUGUUCGCCACAAAUGUUGCCUGCGUCUAUUUGCUCUCUUGGGUCAUACUGCACGAGCAGUUCGUUGGCGUGAGGAUUGUGGCCGUUAUCCUGUGCGACACGGGCAUUGCUCUGCUUGCCUAUAUGGACGGCAUUACGGAGAGUCGCACAUUGGGCGGCGUCGUGCUGGCCACGUUAGCUGCUGCCGGCUAUGCCGUGUUUAGGGUUAUGUUCCGCAAGGUGAUGGGCGAUCCGCCGGUGGCCCAAAUCGCAUUCACAUUCACCGCACUGGGCCUGCUCAAUGCUUUACUGCUGUGGCCCGUUGUCCUGGCGCUAUACCUGACAGGCGCCGAGAAUCUGGCAUCGGAAAGCAUUCCGUGGAAUAUACUGCUUGUCGCAAGCGUUCUGCUUCUGGUUUUUCACGUACUCAUGCAGUUCAGCGCCGCCGUUACCUACAACAUGUUUGUGACAUUGGGUUUGAUAACCGCAGUGCCCGUUUCUGGUGCACUCGAUGUCAUACUGUACAGUGCGACAUUUGCGGGCAUGAAACUGGCUGGCGUUAUUCUGAUUGCCAUUGGAUUUUUCCUCGUCAUGUUUCCCGAGAACUGGCCCGACUAUAUAACGCGUCUGCUACGAAAGAGCGUUCGUGCCAUUCUCCGUUACCAAUGUUGUUGUGAAUUAGCUGAAAUUCGCUAUGCUCAUUCGAAGCAUCAUAAUGCUGGGUCACAAUGCGAGAUGGGGUCGCGGCCCUCGGAGCGGUAUUUCAACAGGUCAGCAUCCCACCAUUAUCGACUAUCGGACGGGAUACAUAAGGUCCCAUCUUCGUUCACCCUCUGGCCGUGUGAGAUGACUGAUCUAUCGCCAACUUCAGCUGGGUUUCUGCAUGGCAGCACCAACGCACACCACCACCAGCAGCUUGUACAUCAGCAGCACCACCAUCGACACCACCAGCACCAGCAGCAGAAUCUGCAGCGACAGCACUCGCACACAUCGCUAACCAUGAUCCAUCGGCAGAGCAGCAGCCACAGUGUCCAUGGCAGCCGACGUGGCAGCGGCGGAACUCGCGCCCCACCCACCGGCACAGGGCGCCUCUUCUCCUAUUUUGGCAAUGAGCACGAGCACGAGCAUGAUCGCAAGAAAUCAGAGACAUCAUUCUUCAAUUUGGGAUUCCGACGCAAGUCCACGGUGGUAUAUUACGCGCCCACAGAUUAGCCGCGGGUUGGUCAAGCUGUUGCAUAUCAAAAGAAUGUAUGCAAAGUACAGUGAGCACACGUUUGCAGCAACAACCAGGCAGCUUAGAGUAUGUUUUGGGGCGUACGUACCACACAAUAUUAUAUCGUUACAAGUUUAUCAUAUUUAUAUAUAUAUAUCGUUGUUGUUGUAAGAGUUUUUAUUGAAAUCACAUGCAGUUCGAAUUUUGCUCAAAUAUUUAUUAUACGCAACAAGUACAGAUACCACGUAGUUCAUAGGCGACACGAAAUAGAGUUUUCCAAAAGUCACAGAACCCAUGCAAAAACCCAUGCACACUGAAACAGAAACAGAACCAGAACCAGAAACAGCAUGAAGAGACAGAUCGAGCCCCUUAUAAAACUGAGCUCAAAUAUGCCCCUGAACUUUACUGAGUACUUACUGAUAUACACAACAAAUAUAUUAGAUGAGAAACAAGAGAAAAAAAAAACACAAAAUUCAAUGUAAAAAAAAAAAAAAAAAAACAGACACAAAGAAUUGAAUGAUAUAUCGAAGCCAAUUGUUUUUAGCAAUUAUAUAGUACUUAUAUAUAAACCAAAUUUAUAAAAUAAAGAUUAAAUUAUGAAACAUUUUAAUGUAUACCCACACUACGGCACACCUUGAAAGGGUUACUAAAAUCCGAAAUUUAUAACUCAUUGUUGAAUACAAAAAUUCGGUAUACUAGUCUAAGGGAUAUUGUUCGUAGACAUCACAUACAAAUUUUAGAGACACAUAGAACAAAAAUUGCCCGUUUAAUUGUAAGCUCAUUUUAACAACUAAAAACCAGAUGGAAGAUCUAAAAA